CCCAAGCUUCGGGUUUCUCGUUAACACGGCCUAAAGUUUCUGUUGCUUUCUGCAUUAUGGAAGGUCCUUGAUCUCUCUCUCUCUCUCUCUCUGAUUUCUCUGCGUUUCGUGCAUUUUCUUGCCCAUUCCUGAGGUGUUCAUCUUCCUCCUCUUCUUUGUCCGAUCCACGAAAGAGAAGCUCAGUAAAAAAUAUUGGUGUUUCAUGUCGCCUCCCCUGCUGAGAGCUGUGGAAGGAGAGCAGAGCGAUGUCUCUCUAGUGGCUUCUUCACCUACUGUGGACUCUAUCUCCCAAAAUGGUUCAGGUUUAAAAGAACGCAAUUACAUGGGUUUGUCAGACUGUUCUUCAGUUGAUAGCUCUGCAGUCUCAAGCUUGUCAGAAGAGAAAAACAACAAUCUGAACUUGAAGGCAACGGAAUUGAGGCUUGGUCUUCCUGGAUCCCAAUCACCCGAACGAAGCUUGCUGAACACAGGGAAGCUUGAUGAGAAGUCACUGUUUCCUUUACUUCCUUCAAAGGAAGGAAUCUGCUCAUCAAUUCAGAAGAAUGUUGUUUCGGGCAACAAGCGAGGCUUCUCUGACACCAUGGAUGGGUUCUCAGAGGUGAAAAAUUCUGUGUAUACUGCUGGAAAUUGGAUGUUUAAUGCGGCUUCUGAGUCGGAAUCUCCACAAUCUGUGGAGCAAGGGAAGUUUCCUGGUAAUUCUGGGAUGAAUGUAGUACUAUCAUCCAGGCCUUCUGGGGCUCAGUCCUCCAUAAUGAAGGAGUUUCCCGGAAAUCUUUUGCAGGAACAUCAUCGUGCUACAAUUGGAACUAGCCACGACCAUAAGACUGUUUCAAACAACAACAGCAGUGCUCCCGCUCCUAAGGCUCAGGUUGUUGGUUGGCCUCCAAUAAGAUCAUUUAGGAAGAAUUCAUUGGCCACCACUUCAAAGAACAAUGAUGAAGUUGAUGGAAAACCAGGCCCCGGUGUUCUUUUUGUGAAGGUCAGCAUGGAUGGGGCUCCCUAUCAGAGGAAGGUAGAUCUGAGAUUAUAUGCUGCAUAUCAAGAACUGUCAACUGCUCUUGAGAAGAUGUUCAGUUGUUUCACUAUAGGUCAGUGUGGAUCCCGAGGAGCACCAGGAAAGGAAAUGAUGAGCGAGAGUAAAUUAAGGGAUCUGCUACAUGGAUCAGAAUAUGUGCUUACAUAUGAGGAUAAAGAUGGUGACUGGAUGCUUGUAGGGGAUGUACCGUGGGAGAUGUUUAUUGACUCGUGCAAGAGGCUGAAAAUCAUGAAGGGCUCUGAUGCCAUUGGCUUAGCUCCCAGGGCCGUGGAGAAAUCCACUAAUAGGAUCUAGCUAAUCUCUGAGACUCUCGACUGUGAUGUGGUCACCAAAUUAAAGGCUUGAAUUUGAAGCGGGUGAGGAAGGUGGAGGAAGCCAUUGAAUAUGAAGGAACAGGAGAGGACAGGAUGGCUGCGCCGGAUGGGAGGUCAUGUUCAAAUCUUCAUCUUGUCUCUGGAGUAUCUAUGUUUUGAUAUCUUCAAAAAAGUUUGCUUGUCUGUCAAAGUCGGAUCGUUUAAAUGCUGGUAAAGCUGUUGGGAAAAAAAAAAAAUUGAUAUUGGAGUUCAUAAUCCUUAUAAAACCUAUUUAUUUUAUGUGUUCUGUAUGAGAUGGAUGUGUUGGAUCAAAGACCACUUGGAUGGUAUGCAGCUGCUGUUUCUUAUUGGCUGCCAAA